AAAAAAAUCAUGCUUCUCCUCAAAGACCUCAAAUCAUACAUACUGUUUGUGAUGAUCUCAAUCAAUGGGUUUGGGCAGAUCUUCUGUGUUCAUGCCCAAGCACUCUCCUAUCUUUGUUCCGAUGACAUAGCCAACUCUAGUUACAUAGAUGACCGCACUUCCCUCUUGGACUCUUUAUCAUCCAGAGCAACCUCCAUGGACUUCUACAAUGAGACUUUCAAUGAUAUCCAUGGUCUCUUCCUCUACAGAGGCGACAUUAACGCCUUUACUUGCCGGAAUUGUGUCACUGACGCCGGAGAAGAGAUCAUCAGGGUAUGCCAGCCGAAUAGAAACAACAAUAAUCUAGUAUGA